CUGACAAGCCCCUGCGUGACUCAGAAAGUUUGUUUAGACAUGGCGGCCCCCACAACAGCAGGACAGGCACGAGAGAUAAUUGACGACGAAUCUCUUGCUGAAGAGAAACUGUUAGAGGAGUUGGAGAAUGAGGAGAUUCCUGCCUACAUUCGUGAAGCCAGACUUCAGACUCUUAAACAACAGGCCAGUCAGUUCAGAAAUAUGCACGAAAAAGGAUAUGGUAGAUACAGUGAAUUGGAAAAUGAAAAAGAUGUGUUGGAUCUGACAACAGGUGAAGAGAAGUGUGUGGUCCAUUUCUUCCAUGAAGACUUUAGAAGAUGUGCAAUAAUUGAUACUCAUUUAAAGGUUUUAACAGAGCAGUAUUUUGAGACAAAAUUUGCCAAAAUAAAUGUUGACAAAGCAAAAUUUCUUGUGGAAAAAUUGAAAAUUAGGGUACUUCCAGCAGUGUUAUGUUUCAAGAAAGGCAUUGUGGUGGACAGAGUUAUUGGCUUUGAUGAACUAGGUGGUUCUGACAGCUUUCCUACCUCUGUGUUAGAGAAGCGGCUCGGGUCAUCAGGUGUCAUAGAGUAUACAGAGGAUGAACCAGAGAAAAAGACAAUAUUUGGAUUCAGUGACACUCGAAAAAAUAAUGAUGACAGCAGUGAUGAUGAUUACUGAUCAGUUAAUUAAUAAAUUUAUAAUUGUGACAUACAACUGUGUUAUUAAAGAAAACGACUAGGGAUAUAUGUGGAUGCAAAGUGUGUAGAGGGGUACAUUCAGUAAAUUAGUGUACCAUGUAUUAAAGUGGCAUUAGUAAAUCCCCCAUACAAUUCUCUUUAGUACAUGAACAAACAAAAUCCAUUUAUUACUGAGUUUUGAUAUUUCAGUAUUGGCCUUGAUUUUUCAAAAGGUAGAAUUUCCUCCUUUUUGUCGAGCCCGCUUGCGGUGAGCUCGAUAUAGUCGUCACUUUUGGCGGGUUGGUGUAUGUGUGUGCAUCCUUCCCAUUUUGUCUGGACCAUAACUUUGACAUGCAUUGACCAAUCUUAUUUAUUCCCCCGCCAAAGGCGAAGGGGAUAUUAGAAAUGCUCUCCGUCCGUGCGUCCGUCCGUCCGCAACGAUCUUUGUCCGGAGCAUAACUCCAAAAGUACUGGAGGGAUUUUCUUCAAACGUCAUACACUGAUAGAACACAUUGGGAGGAAGUGCAAUGUGCAAGAACAAUAACUCUACCUUGCCUAUUUUUUGAGUUAUUUCCCUUUAUCUUAUUUUCUUAAAAAAUUUUGUCCGGAGCAUAACUCCAAAAGUGCUGGAGGGAUUUUCUUCAAACUUUAUACACUGAUAGAACACAUUGGGAGGAAGUGCAGUGUGCAAGAACAAUAACUCUACCUUGCCUAUUUUUUGAGUUAUUCCCCUUUAUCUUAUUUUCUUAAAAAAAUUUGUCCGGAGCAUAACUCCAAAAGUACUGGAGGGAUUUUCUUCAAACUUCAUACACUGAUAGAACACAUUGGGAGGAAGUGCAGUGUGCAAGAACAAUAACUCUACCUUGCCUAUUUUUUGAGUUAUUCCCCUUUAUCAUAUUUUCUUAAAAAAAAUUGUCCGAAGCAUUUCUUCUUCAUGCAUGGAGGGAUUUUGAUGUAACUUGGCACAAUUAUACACCAUCAUGAGACGAAGUGUCAUGCGCAGUUCCCUUCUUUAGAAUUACCUCCCUUUGUUGUUACUUUAAAUAGCUUUUAUUGUAACUUUUUCAUUACUAGUCGUAGGGAAAAAUCGAGACCACUUUUCUGUAGUACAACAUGCAUGCUACAUCCAAUUUUGAGGUGUAUUUUGACCAAUCUGUACCUGGUAAAGAUUUUUGUGUGGACUUACAAUUUUUUUUUUUUUUAAGAUUAACUUCCCUUAGUUGUUACUAUAAAUAACUUAUAUUGUAACAUUUUUAUAAUUGACCGUAUGGAAAAAACAAGACCACUUUUCUGUGGUACAACAUGGAUGUUACUUUCCAAUUUUAGGUGUAUUUUAAGAUAUCUCUACCUGGUAAGGAGUUUUUUGUAGACUUAGAAAAACAAAAGACUUACAAUGAUUACUAAACAACCACAAAAUUAAAAUUCCAUUUGCAAAUACAGCUGCUAGAGUAAAGAAAUUUGCUGUGACGGGCAUAUAUUGUGACAUUCUGGCACUCGUGUUCCCUGUUAGCUUUCCAUUCCUUCUUUUUACAGUAGCCAUAUAGAAAAACAUCAUAGCUUUACUGUUCAUGAAAAUUAAUAAAAUUUAGCAGUAAACCACCUCACCACUGACUUAUUCUUUCUUCCACAUCUUUAAAACCCCUGAUGCGGACCACAACUAAAUGGUUCUUCAAAGCUUUCCCCAAAAUUAAUACUUACAGACACUAUAACUUGCCAGGAACUUUAGCCUUCAAUUAUAAUAUGCCCGGCGGGGGGAUUGGCCAUGUCUAACAUGGCUCUUGUUAUAUUUGGCAUGAAUGUUUACCGCAAUGAGAAGGAGUGUCAUGCGCAAACCUCGUGUUCUAUCUCAGAGGUCAAGGUAACGGAGGUCAAAGGUCAAAUUGAAGUUUUUCUGUACCAUAACUUUGACGUGCAUGGACCAACCUUGUUUAUAUUUGGCAUGAAUGUUAACCUCAAUGAGAAGUAGUGUCAUGCACACACCCCGUGUUCCUAUCUCAAAGGUCAAGAUCACAGCUGGAGGUCAAAGGUUAAAUUGAAGUUUGUCCGGAGCAUUUCUUCAUGCAUGGUAGGAUUUAGAUGUAACUUGGCAUAAAUGUUCACCAUUAUAUGAUGGAGUGUCAUGCGCAAGAACCAGGUCCCUAGGUCUAAGGUCAAGGUCACACUUACAGGCAAAAGGUGCUGACGGGCUCGACAUUCUGUCCGUGGGCAUGCAGAAUGUAUUUCUAGUUUAGAAUAUUUUCAGAAAGAAAAACUAGAAUAUUUCUAUCUUUGAGUUAGGCCCCAUUACUUAAACCUGAAAUCUUAGACACCUUAUUGAAAACUGUGUUAAUGAUUGUUUAACAUUUGUCAUUUUAUUUAUAUUAAUAUACUGGUACUCAUUUUUUUGUACAUUUUUGAAAAUAAAUACAAAUUGACUUAA